GAUUGGCUUGAUUUAUGGGAUUGAAUAAAUUUGGGAUCUGCAGGAUAUUGGCUUCCCAUCGAUGUUUAGACUCAACCAUCGCUGGUAAGCCAAUUUUCCUUCAGUUUUGAAGUCAACGGUCACCUACCCAUCGAUGGGUACAAGCUUCCCAUCGCUGGGUGGGAGGUUGACUUCCAAACAAGGAAAGAAUCAACCUUUAAUGACCACCAACGGUCAUGCCUUCCCAUCGAUGGCCGUGGUUAAGGCAAAAACCAUGGGUUCUUGACUAACCACCCACCCAGCGAUGGGAAGAUCUUCCCAUCGAUGGGUAAGCGGCCCCUCAGCCAAACCAGUUUCCAGAACCAUGCCAAACAGCGAUGGGGAGUUCUACCCAUCGCUGUUAAAGCCUUGGUGCAAUAUUAACCCAAGGCAGAACGACCUUGCCCAGCGAUGGGAAACCUAUCCCAUCGAUGGGAACCCAGCGAUGUUCUCACCCGUUUCCCCAAUCCCCAACUGUUUCGAUCGUUCCCUUGCCCAAGCUCUGCUCGACCGGCGACUCCACAGCGGCACCGGCGACCGCCUUCCCAGGGAGCCAGCGCCGGCAGCUGUCUCUCUCUCUCCCGUCAUUUUUCCAUGCGUUUCCCCUGCUCAAGAUAUCCUUCAAUCCCUUCUGCUCUGUCCCCCGUCUCUGCCCAGCAGACCUACAGCAUCGGCGAACUCCGUCCCAAGGCAACCAGCGCCGGCGACCGUCCCUCUCCUUUCACCGUCGUGUGCGCGAGUCGAAGGCAGCGGUGGUUCUUACCCUCUUUCUCCGAUUCAAGUUUCUUCCCAUUUUGAGGGAUUUGGAUCAAGAGGGCCAGCCCGGAGGACGUUGAUAUGUGACGCCGUGGAUGACGUCAUUAUUUCUAUUUUGAAUAUUUAAUUAAGGAAAAAUUAUCCAAAAUAAUCCCAACUUUACCCGGUCUUUCAAAAAUAAUCCCACCUUUCACUGUGAUGCAUAAUAAUCCCAACUUUAUUGAAAUUUGCCAGUUUUGGGUCACCGUUAAGUUUCUAACGGAGGCUUAACGGAAAUGCCCGUUUUAGGCAACAAAAUGUAAGUUGGGAU